ACAGAAAAAGGGAGGUGGUUUAAUCUGUCCUAAGAGUUUUAUGAUUUAGCAGCCUUAACUAAGUGCUGUGGACCUUCUGUUUUUUAUGUCUGAGGUGUGGGCUUCCCCGUUUGUCUGGUUUGGAUACCUUCUCCCGUGCUGGCAGCGUGCAGCCCUUCGGUCUCUUGGCCGUGGGGCCCUGCGUCUGAGCCCCAGCCGGAGCUUUGGCUGGCUCCAGGGCCGCUCAGGGUGGGCAGGCGGCUGUGCUACCCGGGAGCUGUCAUUUCUGAGAACGGCUCUUCAGGAGGUAGGAAGCGACGGGUGCCGCAGCACGCCGAGAGAAAGCCUGGUCCCCCUAGCCCACGCUUCCUUCCUAAGGAGCACUCACUUGAAUAGUCUAGAGCGAGGGCGAAGGGGGUAAGGCAAAGGAAGUAACGUCCCUGCCCUGGGAAACCCAGGUCCUCUGUGGCUGGGAGCAGAGGAGAGCGCAUGGGCAGGGGCUAACGCUGCUUCCCAGGACCCGCCACCACGGAGAGCUGGGCGAAGGGACCUGCUCGCGGACGAGAAGACAACAGUGGCAUCGCAGCUGGCCGAGGCCUGCAAGGAGGAGAGGACAGCCUGGCAAGGGCAGCCCUCCUCAGCCGGACACCGUGACGACCCAGCAGCUCCCGCGAAGCAGUCCUGGCACGGAGAUCGCGGGAGCUUUGGGAGCGUUGUGGCUCUAGGCCCUGGCCACCGCCACCUGCGAGGUGCUGGGUUUGUCGCAGCUGCUGCACCCGAGCCCGAAGCCGCGUCGGUGACGCUUGCAGCCUGAGAGGACGUGCAAAAGGUGCUCGACGAAAAAAAACUCAAAGUUCCCCCUUCGUUUCUAAAAAUAACUCUAAAAAGCCAACAACUGAAGCUUGCAUGCACGAGUGCCAGCAGUUUAACCCUUCCAGACACGCAGUGCUUUGGCAUCUCCUCGCUGGAAUGAAACUCUCUUGGUUUCUGAAGAGAAAACCGCGGCCGGCGUUUCAACUAAGUCUCACAAAUUCUGCAGCGCAACCGCAGGGCCAAGAGCUGCACCAGCACCGCAGCCUGCCCUGCCGGAGGGAGGGAAACCACCACCAAACAGGAUGAUUUUUUUCACCGACUCCGGAAAAUCCUCCCUGCUUGGGAGGGGACCUGCGCCCACUCGUACCCAGCCUGGAGGAGGCUUUGCACAAGUGCCCUUCUGCAGGUAGCUGAAGUCCCCACGUCUGCCCAGAUCGGGGAGGGAACCGUCUCUCUAGCUAAUCUCCUAGCAGGGGCAGAGACAGCGCACAUCCUGCACGGUGGCCAGCAGCAAAGAGCGUCACAAAGACCUGGCUGGCGCAGCGAGAUGUGACCGCGAGCUGCCAACAGAGACCCGCAGAAGGCGAUUCUCACACGCUGGCCGGAUGCUGAACGUAGCCGAGUUAUUCGAGCCUUCGCCUCCUUCGGCAUGCCACCUUGAGGAAGAGGAGCACCAUGGAUGUUCUGCGUCCCACCCUGAUAAGGAUUGGGGGGAGAAUUUACAGGAAGAAUCUUGUCCAAGAACAGGCCUACCAGAAUGAAGAGGAAGAGGACUUCUAUGCAGGCCCUGGUGACUGCGCAGAUGAGCCAUGUGACACCUUUGUGGUGGAAGAGACCGAGAAAGGCUUCCAGUGCAGAGUGGAGGUUCCCAGUCCACUUUACAAGUACAUAAUUGGGAAGAAGGGAGAGACCAAGAAGAGACUAGAAACAGAGACUCGAACCUCGAUCAGCAUUCCCAAGCCUGGAGUGGAGGGAGAAAUGGUGAUUACAGGACAGCAGCGCAGCGGUGUCAUCUCGGCCCGGACACGUAUUGAUGUUCUUCUCGAGAGCUUCCGGAAGAAGCAGCCCUUCACACACUUCCUGUCCUUUGCUCUCAACCAGCCUGUAAUUCAGGAGAAAUUCCUGCAGUUCAAGGAGGAAGUGUUGGAGAAAUGCUCAAAGGAUCACGGGAUCAGUAGCAGUCUGUUCCAGAACCCUGCAAAGCUGCAUCUGACUCUUGGGACAUUGGUACUCCUGAAUGAACAAGAGAUCCAGAAAGCAUGUGACCUCCUGCAGAGAUGCAAAGAGGACUUUGUGGACCAAAUUGCUGGAGGCAAACCCCUGACUGUGGAGGUGGCAGGGGUGGAAUACAUGAACGAUGACCCUGCUAUGACAGAUGUCCUUUAUGCUAAAGUCCACAUGAAGGACGGCUCGGAUAGAUUGCAGGUGAUAGCUGAUAAGCUGGUGGAACGGUUUGUGGCCUCCGGCCUGAUGCUUAAAGAAUGGGAUAGGGUGAAACUCCAUGCUACUGUCAUGAACACUCUCUUCAGGAAAGAUCCAAGUGCUGUAGAGCAAAACAGUACAGCGACUGGUAAAUCAUCUUUCAAGGAACGAGAGUCUUUUAAUGGCCGAAAUAUCCUCAAGCUCUUUGAGAACUUCUGUUUCGGAGAGGUGCAGCUGGAUUCGGUCCGUCUUUCUCAGAGGUUCUCCUCGGAUGCUUCUGGUUACUACGCGACAUCUGGGCAGCUAACCUUUUCCUGAAGCGAGAACGCGGCUUCCUCAGUGGAUCUGAUCUGUGCACAGAGGCACAGUUAUUCAUCAGUAAAAUACGUUUUUAUAGCAUAGGAGUUUGGGCCAGGAACCCAAGAGCUCCAAAUGAGGAUGCCUUGUUACUCUUCGGAAGCGCGUUGCAGCCGGGAGCAGACGUUGCCCGUUCUCCGUGGCGUUUCCCUGCACUUCUUCCUACGUACGUUGCCUCCCCUCCCCACGGAGAGAACUGGGGCCCUUCCUCCGCCUUUCCUCAUUGAUCACAGAGAUAUUUCAAGUGCCUGUUUUUUUUUUUCCGAGUAAGCGACUAGAAAAAGCGGUGGACGUGGCUUUGGGGGCAUCACCAACGUCUGAGUGCGGCUUUAUUUCAGAAGGGGAAGUUUAUUCUUAAAGUAAGUAGUUAAAAUCGAGCAGCGCUCCCCGGAGCAUGGUUUAACAAUAUUGAGGUCAGCCAUUGCUUGGAUCUCCAGCAGCGUGCCUGUGUGAUGUUGAUCUCCCAAUAAAUUAAUUCCCUUCAAAAGCAAAGUGUUUAUCUCCUGUUGCAUUGAUAGUUUCUGUAAUUAAACUUCCAGCACAUGGCUGUGUUAAUAAGAAAGCAUUUAUGGUAAGAGCUGUUUCCAGUGACCGUUUCGGAGCAUGUCAAAAAAACAGAUACGCCUUGUAGGUGGUUUCGCCGUUUAAAAAAAAAAAAAGAGCAAAGCUCUUUGAUACUGUUGUAAAUGCCUCAGAGAUCUAAACAAGACUGGUCUUUUCCUUGUACAUCUCCAAGUUCAGUAACAAUAGCAACGCAAGCUUUCAACCUAUCUGCUGAUGAAUGCUUUGAGAAAUGGAAGAUCCUGGUGUUUAGUUCUGUCUUUAAAACGUUGGCGGCAGCGGCGGCUGGUUGCUGCCGUUACUGUGGAAUUACGCUGUCGGCGGAGCGGAGAGUCCGGGAGCUACGAACAGGGCUGUUCAGACAGCGCCCGGUUUUACUCGUGGUUGUCUGUAAGAGCUUUCCAUCCGGUUCGCUCCCUCC